GAACAACGGCGGAAACCGGCGAAACACUGUUUUUUUUUUUGGGUGUGCCCGGUUCUUUUGAGUUAUUGGAAGCAGCGACUUUGUUCUUGCCAAGUGUGACACCCACAGUUAACGUUGAUUCAAUUGGCCCCACCUUUCUGUAUGACAAAUCAUUUUGUUGUGCUUCAUGUCUUGUAGUGGGUUCAUUUCUCAACAUGGCGAGCCGCAAACGAGGUGUAGAGACACCGAGCCCCGGAGAUAGUUUCCAAACGCCGGGGAAGAGAGCGUCAGUGUAUCGGACGCAAAACUCGGACGUUUCCCAGUGGGGAAUAGAAGAAACGUGCCACUAUCUGCGAGGAGAAGGUCUUGGAGAGCAUGAAACUGCAUUUACAGAUCAUAAAAUCAUCGGUGCCGUGCUGCGCGAUCUCAAGAAGGAUGAUCUGGAGAAGAUGGGCAUUAAGCCUGUUGGUGAUCAACUUCGGAUUCUACACAGUCUGAGGAAGCUAGGGCAAAUAGAAGAGGGUCCUCAAACAAAUAAGGUGUUUAAUGAUCCCAUUCACGGACACGUGGAGCUACAUCCUCUUCUUGUCAAGGUCAUCGACACGCCUCAGUUCCAAAGACUCCGAAAUAUCAAGCAAUUGGGAGGGACGUACUUUGUUUUCCCCGGAGCGUCCCACAACCGCUUUGAGCACUCCAUCGGAGUGGGUUUCUUAGCAGGGCAACUUGUGAAAGCACUAAACGAGAAGCAGCCAGAACUUCUCAUUACUCGGCGAGACAUCCUUUGUGUGCAGAUUGCUGGGCUCUGUCACGAUCUGGGGCAUGGUCCAUUUUCGCACAUGUUUGAUGCCAAAUUCAUCCCCAAAGCACGCCCCGAUAUUUCCUGGAAGCAUGAGAAGGCAUCGCUUGACAUGUUUGAUCACCUGGUGGAGAAAAAUAACCUGAAGCCACAGAUGGAACAACAUGGCCUGGUCCUGCCUGAGGACCUGGACUUCAUCAAGGAGCUGAUUGCAGGACCUAUGGACACAAAUGUAGACCUCCAGGUAGUACACACAGUCAGUAGCAUUACGGGAGAUCAAGGCUUCAUGCUAAUGUUGUGCUGUCAGUCUUCUCAGUGGCCCUAUCGAGGCCGUUCCAAGGACAAGUCUUUUCUCUAUGAAAUUGUGGCCAACAAGAGAAACGGCAUUGACAUGGACAAAUGGGACUACUUUGCCAGGGAUUGCCAUAACCUGGGCAUCCAGAACAACUCGGAUUAUCGUCGCUACCUCAAGUUUGCCAGAGUGUGUGAAGUGGAUGGAGAGAAGCUCAUCUGCACUCGAGAUAAGGAAGUGGGCAAUCUGUAUGAUCUGUUCUAUACGCGUAUCUGUCUCCACAAGAGAGCUUACCAACACAGGGUGUGCACCGUUAUAGAAACCAUGAUCAACGAGGCCUUUUUGAAGGCCGAUGAACACUUUCUGGUCGAAGGCUCGGGAGGCAAGAUGUUCAAGCUGUCCACAGCCAUAGAUGACAUGGAGGCAUACACCAAGCUGACAGAUAGUGUGUUUGAACAAAUUCUCCACUCAUCGAACCCGAAGCUGGCUGAGGCACGGCAAAUUCUACAGAACAUUCUUCAACGGCGCCUCUACAAGUAUUUGGGUCAAACCCAAGCUAAGAAACCCCUGAAAGUCACUCAGGUGUUUGUUAGUUUACAACACUUCAAACGCAGACAAUGCGAAAUCCAAAAUACGAUUCGCCUCACAUUGCGCAGCUGUACCAAGUGGACGUACAGUACAGUUGGGGGCCAACAAAAAAAUUGUGAACUGUCCAAUUGUCGUGUGUGUGUGUGUUCCAUUUCUCUCCUUGCAAAGGAUACCAUUAACAAAUGGGAGGCGGAGUUGGCUAAGUCAGUCCCUCAGGUAGGCAAGCCGAGUGUCACUCUGCUGGCUAAAGACUUUGUUGUGAGCGUCAUCCAAAUGGACUACGGGAUGAAGCAGGAGAACCCCAUUGACAGUAUGCGUUUUUAUUGCAAGACUGACCCCACCAAAGCCAUUCCCAUACGCAAGCAUCAGGUGUCCAAAAUUUUGCCCGAAAACUUUGCAGAGCAACUGAUCCGAGUUUACUACAAGAAGACAGAUGGCGAGGGCCUGGGCACAGCACAAAAGCACUUUAUUCAGUGGUGCAUUAACAAAGACUUCAUAAAGCCUCAGGAUGGGGAUGUAAUUGCACCCGAACUGACUCCCUUGAAAACAAGUUGGUCAGACGGAAAAGAAGAUGACGGAGGUGAUGACAAUUUGGACUGUAGACGUUUGAACCAAAAAGCAGUCAAGUCUCUUUUUAAGGAUCAGGCCUAGUACUGUAACUUUGAGGAAAUGGUCAGUUUAAUGGGAUGAAGCUAAGUCAGAAUUAAACAAUUAGGUUGCCACAGCAAAAAUAUUUUUAGGCCGGGUUUUACUCAAAUUGGAACCUUUGGUUAAUGCUUUAUUUUAUUUGUGUUCUUUUAACAAGGGUAUUAUUAUGUUUUAUAUUUUAUUUGUGGCAUAAGAAAAAUCAUACAGUAAAAAAUAAAAUCCACAAGACGUUAAGCUUUUCAAUAAGCAAAAAAUAAGAAAUUCAAUUUUCCAUUCAUUGCAGAGCCUCUUUAUGGAGUACAAAUACAAUCAUGAUUGUUAAGGGUCUCCCAAUAUUAACCAGUUGCUGUUUGUGUGUUUUGCAUCUAUCUUUUAUUUGAAAGUUUGAGUGCAAUUGUUUUAUCGAAAAUGUUUGGGGAGGGUUUUUGUUCCUUUUGCAAUAUCAGUUCUUAUUUGUGUGUGCAUGUGAACUUAACAUAUUUAUUUAUACACCCCGUAAAUAUUCUCUCGUGAUCCCGGGUUAAAAAAAAAAAAGAUCAUUCAAAGAGUGUGGUGAUUGCAGGUAUAAACAGUUUGGAAAUAAAACAUUUCAAUUCAA